AUGAAUACUAAAAGAGCAGUUGGGCUACUGAAACAGUACCAGUCAAGUCUGACCAGCCCAGAAGAACAGGCCCUGAAGACCAGCGUGGAAAAGGUCUCUUCCAUCUUUGGCAGUCAUCUUUUUCAGGCUCUGCUGGAUAUUCAGGAAUGCUACGAGGUUACCCUGCAAAUGAAUGCAGCACUAAAUGGAGUUAAAGACAGCAGCUCUGUGGAAACAUGGGAGACCUCAGGCGAAGAGGGUGUGUCACGUGUGCGUGUGACCAGCAGGAGGAGCUCUCAGAAGGUGGAGAGAGUGGCUGGAAUAGUAAGCCGCUCCCUUGUAGGGACACCAAAGGCAAACCCUCCCCCCAUCAUUGUGAACGCAGACUCACUGGAUGCAGGCCCUUAUGUGAAUGGGAGUGAUGGCAUGUAUAAAUAUGAAGAAAUCAUUUUGGAGAGGGGCAACUCUGGCCUUGGGUUCAGUAUCGCAGGAGGUGUGGAUAAUCCACACAUUCCUGAUGAUCCAGGAAUCUUCAUCACCAAGAUUAUCCCAGGAGGUGCCGCUGCCAUGGAUGGGAGACUAGGGGUAAAUGAUUGUGUUCUGCGGGUGAAUGAUGUGGACGUGUCAGAGGUUGUGCACAGCAAGGCAGUAGAGGCUUUGAAGGAGGCCGGCCCAGUGGUCAGGUUGCUGGUACGCAGAAGACAGGCUCCUCCUGAGACCAUUUUGGAGGUCAACCUACUCAAAGGGCCUAAAGGUCUUGGCUUCAGUAUUGCUGGAGGUAUAGGCAACCAGCACAUCCCGGGCGACAACAGUAUCUACAUCACAAAGAUCAUCGAAGGUGGGGCGGCACAGAAAGAUGGACGUCUGCAGACAGGCGAUCGCCUACUGGCUGUGAAUAACAUUAUACUUCAGGAUGUGCGUCAUGAGGAGGCUGUGGCUGCCCUGAAGAACACUUCAGACAUGGUCUAUCUGAAAGUGGCCAAGCCGGGACCAGUACAUCUCAACGACAUGUACGCCCCACCAGACUACUCCAGCAGUCUCGGCCUCCCUCCAGCCUUCCCCACCAUGGUGGACAACCACGUCGGGCACAACUCCAGCAUGGCCUACGUGGGAGGCAUGGAGCCUAAACCAGUGUACCCACCACCCCAGGUCACCCCCUCGAGGUACUCCCCAGUCCCGCGCCACAUGCUGGGGGAGGAGGACUUCACCAGGGCCGAGCCCAUUUACAGUGCCAUCCACAAACCUCAUGGGGACACAAGCCCUCCCUCCCCCCAUCUGUGCAGCAGGGGGUCUGGGGAGGUGGGCUGCAGCCCCACCCCGCCUGCUCUGUGUCAAAGCCUGGUCCCGUACACCGGCAGGGAGCCGCGGAAGAUCCUGCUGCACAAGGGUUCCACAGGUUUGGGAUUCAACAUUGUGGGCGGUGAGGAUGGAGAGGGCAUCUUCGUGUCUUUCAUCUUGGCAGGUGGGCCAGCCGACCUGAGCGGAGAGCUGAGGAGAGGAGACCGCAUCCUGUCGGUGAAUGGUGUAAACCUGCGCAAUGCUACCCAUGAGCAGGCUGCUGCUGCACUGAAGAGGGCUGGACAGACGGUGACCAUCAUUGCCCAGUACAGACCAGAAGGUAGAGUGGCUCUUUCAGUGUGUAUCCAUGAUGUUUGUCACUGCAAAAGAAAUUGUGGCAAUGCAAUCAAGACCUACAAAUACAACGUCUUCACCUUCCUGCCGCUGAACCUGUACGAGCAGUUUAAGAGAGUGGCCAACCUCUACUUCCUGUGUCUGCUGAUCCUGCAG